UCAAUUUGUGUGUUCGAGGAUAGAUAGGGGAAGCAUUCAUUCAUGUGCAAGCGAGACAGUGCAGAUGUGUGUGUACCCAUGUGUCCUGGUCGAUUAGUGAGUGAGCAGAGCGUGAUCAGCCAUGCAGCUCCAUUGAUCAUUACCAGCCUCCUGGUCGACACUCUGGACCCACCAUGGAGUCGGGGAAGCAGCUAACAGGUACUUUGGCCAUCGCUGUGUUCACAGCAGUGCUGGGAUCCCUGCAGUAUGGCUACAGUCUGGGAGUCAUCAACGCACCCCAGAAGGUGAUUGAAAAGCAUUAUGCGCGAUCGCUUGGGGUGUGGACGGAGAGGGCUGCCGUCCUGUCAGAAAACGGCACGGAAGAAGGAGAGGUGGAACGACACCCUUCCGUGAUCAUGUACUGGUCAUUGUCUGUGUCGAUCUUCUCCAUUGGUGGCAUGUUGUCCUCCUUCCUGGUGGGAUUUGUGGGAGACCUGAGAGGAAGGGUAAAGGGCAUGUUAAUGGUAAAUGUUCUGGCUGUGGCUGCCGGACUGCUGAUGGGUCUUUGCAGGAUGUGGAAGCCUCACCUCAUGGUCAUUGCAGGCCGUGCCGUGAUGGGCUUUUACUGCGGGUUGACGUCCGGGCUCGUGCCGAUGUACGUUGGGGAGAUUUCUCCCAAAGCUUACAGAGGGGCUCUGGGAACAUUACACCAGCUGGCUAUUGUCACUGGCAUCCUGAUCAGCCAGGUAAUAGGCUUGGACUUCAUACUCGGUAAUGACAAUAUGUGGCCCCUGUUGCUUGGUCUGUCGGGAGCUCCGGCAGUACUGCAAUCACUCCUGCUUCCUCUGUGCCCCGAGAGCCCGCGGUACCUUUACAUUCUGCUGGGCAAGGAGCAAGAGGCUCGAAAAAGUCUGCUUCGUUUAAAAGGAGCAUAUGAUGUGACUCCUGAUCUGGAAGAGAUGAAAAGAGAGAAGGAGGAGGCAGACAGAGAGCCCAGAGUCUCCAUCCUUUCUUUGAUCCGCUCCUCUGUGUACAGACAGCAGCUGGUUGUUGCCCUCAUGAUGCACCUCUCCCAACAGUUCUCUGGAAUCAAUGCGAUCUUUUACUACUCUACGGAUAUCUUCGAUCAAGCCGGUGUGGCCCAGCCGGUCUACGCCACCAUCGGAGUCGGAGUCAUCAACACGAUCUUCACUCUGGUGUCCGUUGCCCUGGUGGACAAGGCUGGCAGGCGCACCCUGACUCUGACUGGUCUGGGAGGGAUGUGUCUGUGUGCGGUUGCCAUGACAGUUGGUCUCAAAUUCCAGAAAGAAAUCCUGUGGAUGAGCUACGUCAGCAUGUCAGCUAUCUUCCUCUUCGUGAGUUUCUUUGAAAUCGGUCCUGGUCCCAUUCCGUGGUUCAUAGUCGCUGAGCUGUUCAGCCAGGGACCUCGGCCUGCUGCCAUUGCUCUCGCUGGCUGCUGCAACUGGACCAGCAACUUCAUCAUAGGCAUGACCUUUCCCUAUAUACAGAAGUAUUUGGGUUGUUACGUGUUUGCUCUGUUUGCCGUGCUGCUUCUCAGCUUCACCGUGUUCAUUUAUCUUCGGGUUCCUGAGACCAAGGGGAAGUCCUUUGAGGAGAUCGCCGCCGUCUUCAAGAAGGGACGGAAAAAGUCGAAUCCUGAGGAUGAGACUGAGAUUCAGCAUCUCAAAACGUCCACAAGUGCUUGAAACAGCAGCAACAAGUUUAUGCAGUCUGUUUGUGUGUGUGUGUGUGUGUGUGUGUGUGUGUGUGUGUGUGUGUGUGUGUGUGUGUGUGUGUGUGUGUGCAUCAGUCAGUAUUUUAAAUGCCAAGUGUUUAUAUACAUUUAUCCUUUCAGGGGUUAUGAUAACUGAGAGAGGGAAGAAAAGGGGGACACAUUUUACACAAGAUAUCAUGUUUUCAUUAUGUAAAUAUAGGAGCUACAUAUAUACAGAAGUGAAUUAUGAUAUCAUGUUUCCGUUAUAUGGUAUAGUGUUUACUCACUAUAUAAACAUUUUUUGCAGUAUUACCACUUGAUGGUUAAUCUGUCACAAGUUGAUAUUGGAUCACAUCACUAUUUGUAUGCAGAAAGGGGUCGCUUGUUUCAUUGACCCUACAGAGAAUCAUCUGUGGGCAGCUGUUUACCAUCUGAGUAUGCCAUGUCACAGUUUGUUUACAGCUUGUUUCUGGUGCCCCCGAGUGGCCAAAAAAAAAAAAAAAACACAGUUACUGUUUGUUUCCCACUGAACAUGCAUUUAAAAAAACUACAGCUGUAGAAUUAGUGAACCGGGAGUCUUCGAAUUUGCAGAGUGCUGAAGAAAAGAGACAAUAAAGUGUUGUAUGUCAAAA